AUGGAGGACGAAAUGAUCGACUACGGCUUCGAAGAGGAUAGUGUAAGGAUUAUAUUAAGUCACCUUUAUUCCAGAUCUUUUUAAAAUCUCUUGCAAGUGCUUAAAAUUGUGACGUGAAACUUUCUUUUUGCCGUUUAGGUUAUGGUUAUUGAUGGCGAAGUUGACGAGAAAGACAGAACCAACGAAAACGAAAGGAGCCGAGAACUUUACAUGGAAGAAAGACAGGCUUGUGUUAAGCAUUUCGAGAAAUGGUCAGAAACCCAGCAAGUUGAAUUUGUAGAAUAUCUACUCUCGAAAAUGUGUCAUUAUCAGCAUGGACACAUUAAUUCAUAUCUCAAGCCAAUGUUGCAGCGAGAUUUUAUAACUGCCUUACCUGGUAAGUUGAUUCUGUUCUUAAACGAAUAAACGUCCACGUUUCUCCUUUAUAAGGCUUUAAAGAGUGUUCAAACGAGAAGAUCGAGGCGAAAGUCGAGUUAUAAUUAUUUAUUCCCCCGAUCAAAGACGCGUUUCUAGUUGAUGUAUGUUGUGAUAUUGUUGUGUUGAUGCAUUGUUCGUUCCAGUCGUUUAAUACACUUAUGUUUUUAUUUUACCGUUGAUUUGAAAUGUACGCUGUUUCGUGUUUUCAUCCAUCGGUUUUGACCAAAGUCACCUUUCCCUCCUUCACAUAGCUCCCCUCAGAGGCAAUAUCGGUUUUAUAUCGCAUGCCGCAAACCAAGAUCUUUUACAUACUUCAUCAACGUUUUUGCACUUCCCAACGUUUAUGUUUAUAGUUAUUUUUGUUUUGGAGGGGCUGUUUACAUAGGCAUUUAUAGAGUGAUUCUUUUAACAACAGAUAGGAAAUGUGAGCUCAGUAUUUUCACCCAUUCAACCCGUUGUCAGCUGUUGCGUUCUUUAACUCAGAAGUCAGUGUUUUCAUUUUUUAAUAUUUUUUUUAAAUUGAAGAUAAACUACAGGUACUGCGUUCAUCAUUGAUUAUCAGUGUAUUGCAUCUUCUAAAGUGGUCUGAUUAAUCUGAAAUAUAUGUGUAGUCUGAGCCGAAGAUUUGAGUAUAUUAUCGGGGGGGAUUACCAUUGCUGAGAACACUGCAAAUUCUGAUUUAAUUAUUAAUUUAGAUUUUUUGCUUUCAAGAAGCUAGAAUCUGCAUUUUUCUAUUAAUACAGUCGACCUUAAUUAUUGUGGACACCCUGAAGUUAGUGUCCUUAUCAGUGAAAGUCUGUAGUACAUGUAGUAGUAGCAGUAGUUUAUACAUUCAGGUGUGUGUAAUUUAUUUUUGCUGAGAUUUUAGCUGCUGUCCACAUUGGUAACUGAUCAUUUCGCCCUUAAGUCAUUUUGCCCCGGUUACUUACCCCCCUGUUUUCAAGUCAUUUAGCAUGCUCCAAAUAUAUUGUUCCUUAUUCUACAAAUGUAUAAGCCAUAAAACGAAACAAGCACACUUCAAAAUUUUAAUGUAACAUUCCUUGUUCUAUAAGCCAUAAAUCAAUACAAACUCACUCUAAAAUAGCGGGCUAAGUAACUGGGGUAAAAUAACUUAGGGGUGAAAUUUCCAUUCUUUGGGUGUCUGUACUGUGCCUAUAUGUCUUGUCCCUAACUGAGGGGAUGUUCUCACCCCGGAAGCUGCAAUCCUUGUGGUCAGAGUCACAGACUGAGAACUCUGGGUAGGACCAGGGCAAUGCACAUAAACUGGUUGUGUGGUACCCAAGUCAAUUCGUACCCAGUGAAUUCAUACUCAGAUUUCAAUUGAUUCAUACCCAGUAUUCAGUUGAUUUGUACCCAUAUUCCAGUCAAUGUACACACAUAAAUAUCAGAGUGAAUACAACUCAAUAAUAAUAAAACCAAGCUUUACAUGUUGUGUAUUUCAUUCUUUCAAGCCACAAGGCGAAAAAAGUGCUUUAUGAAUCUAAUAUACUUCUUUUUAAGCUAUGAAGUAGAGGCUGCGCAGAAAGCCAAAAAUAAACCAUGUUCUGCAGACAUCCUGCUUUGGCCCCACCCAGAGCAUUGCUCAACACUAACAGUAGUCCACUUGUCCAGGACUAGUGAAACUUCACGUUGGGCUAGUAAAAAUGUGCUCUUCCUAGCCCCUUGACCAGUUACACAUAGUUUGGUGGACAAAAUAAAAUUUCUACAACUCUGUAACUUGGGAAGUUCUUUUUCUAAAAUGCUUCAUCAUAGUUUCUAUAUCUUUUUUUAAAAGUAUUAAAUGUAAACCAAAGGACUAUCUAUCCAUAUCGAGGAGGUAUCGUACAAUUGAACCGCAAAAUGGAUGCCAUGUUGGAAAUGGAAUGUAUGUCCUCACUUUCAUGUCACUCAAUAAAGUAGGGACCUGGGUAAGAGAUCUUUCAAACUCUGCUUUUGAUGCAGGAAGAAUGGUUCCAACCUCUUGGGUAUUUUUUUCAGGAUCAGUGGCUUCUUCUUAUGGGCUAGUGAUUUAUUUCACUUACCAGUCCAUUGCCUAGUGUCUGAACAAAGUUAGUGUCAAGCACUGCAGAGCUGUUGAUCAAUCUACCUACACUGUAUGGUGCUUGCAGUUCUGGGGGUGAGAAUGAAGAGGAGAGGGUGGGCAUACCCAUUUGACAGUUCUAUUAACAGAAUUAUCUAACAUUUACGAAAGUCACAGAAUGGCACCCAAAAAUACUGGAAUCAAAAAUUUCAAGUCCAAAAAAACUUGACCUUCACUUGAAAUCUGGAGCAGCCCCCCCCCCCCCCCCCCCCCCCCCCCCCCCCCCCCAACACACCCCCCACUUCCACUCUUUUUCUGGAUAAGGUACAAAAAAAAAAAAUAUAACUUUUUUUUUUUUUGUUCUUUACUGUAGGGGUUGGGAAUAUAUGUAACAAAAGUUCUUUUAUUUUUUCUUUCUACUCACCCUCUCUCUGCGGGGGGUGUGUGGUAGCAAAAAAAAUAUUAAAAUAUUUACAAACACAAAACAAGACGCCCCAAAAAAACUGGAGAAAAAAUUUACACGCCCAAAAACCCCUCCCCCCCCCUUAAAAUCUUGGCCGCCCCCCCCCCCCCCCCCACCUCCCCCACUGGAAUAUAACCGCUUCAUUCAUUUAUCAUUGUGUAGAAGGUUCACUAAAAAAUAAUGUACCUAUUUUUUGUUGUUGUUUGACAGCUAAGGGGUUGGACCAUAUAGCUGAAAAUAUCUUAUCCUUUUUGGAUGCCAAGUCUCUCUGUGCAGCAGAGGUAGUUUGUAAAGAGUGGAACAGAGUAAUUUCUGAUGGAAUGCUAUGGAAGAAGCUUAUCGAAAGAAAAGUCCGAACAGAUCCAUUAUGGAGAGGGUUGUCAGAGAGGAGAGGAUGGUAAUAUUAUUGGGAUAAGAUGAAAAUAAGGCUUUCUUCACUUUCUUAGAGCCAUUAAAAUUUCAAAUUUCACAAAAUGGACCAAAAUGAAAUCUUACACAAUAAAUUUUACCUGAGUUUUCACAAUUCCUGUGAAAUUUGAAAUUCAUUUUCUUGGGCUCCCAUAAGAAAUUGUCUUUGGUGUUAUUACAGAUACGGUAACUAUUAGUACAUGUAAUUAUAUCUAUAGCCCUUGAAAAAUGUAAAAAAAGAAUGGACUAUACUUUAAACUAUUCUGUACGAGGUUUUUAUCCACUGAAAAUUAAAAUGUCUCAAUUUCCCGAUGGAUUCCAUCUUAAUCUGACUUGUACAGAACGACUCAAAGGGAAAAGGAUUGGAUAAAAUAGAGACUUCAACAAAGAAAAUACCUUUCUUAUAAAUGACUAAGGAUGGGAGAAUUCUUGUCACCAAUUAAGAAUUGAGAAUUUGCUCAUCUAAAUGGGCAAUUUAGGUACGUUACUGUCUGUACUGGCCAAAGGACAAGCAUUGUCCUCAGUGCCAAUCAAAAUGAUGGCACACACUGCAAACCUUAGACAAUUAUGUUUAGAUUUCCUUGAUAGAUUUACAUUCACAGCUGGUGACAGUGAUUCAAUAAAAAGUAUUUUUCUUGCAGUAUUUAGUUGACCCUUCUUGUCGAUAAUGUCCUACAUGUAUGUACCGGUAUGCUGCUGAUGACUGUUUUUGAAUAAUCAUAGGCAAUGUCUUAGCUCACAUGCCAAUUACAGGCUUAUGUUGGCAUGUGUUAACUCAUGAAUAACAAAUUCCAUUUUUCUCUCUCUGUUAGGGGACAGUAUUUGUUCAAAGCACAAGUCGCAGACCCUCCUCGACAUCUUUUCUUUAGAAGGCUUUUUCCAAAAAUUAAUGAGGACCUUGAGGUACAGUUAACCUAUUUCUAACAAUCAUUGUUUGUGUAGCAUGACCUAAUCGAUAAAACCUUAGUCACUUACAUCAAUUUUUUUUCUUAAUUUUCCUUAUUUCUUACCUGGUUAGUUACUAUUGAUGCUCAAAUUAGUGUCUGGGGUUCAUAUUGUGUGGUUCCAGAAAAUAUCCAUACCUCCACCACGGAAGACUCUUUGAUUUGCACACCCCCACCCCCCAGGAUUUUCCAUUCCAGGGGGUCUUUAAGACCCCUCCCCCUCCCCCCAGGAAUUCCCAGAAUUUUCAAACGGGGACUUCGCUUACCAUCCUUUGGAAAUUCAAAGUGGUUUUAGUACUUAAAAACAAAGAAAGUGAAUACUAACUCAGUUGCGAAAAUAUGGUGUAGAACGUUAUUACAACAGUGCAGUGUAAAUAUUUGUUAUGCUUAUUAUUCAGCCAAACUUUUAGCUUCUUCGCCAUCACUUUUGCAAAUAAUAUUAUAUCUGUCUUGUUUUUAUGCAAGCUUAUAAGCUUAAACAUUUGGGUUGCAAAGCUUUAACGUCGAUUGUGCUACAUUUUUGGGCUUUAUAUUCCGACGCGAACGUUAUGAAGACAACUUACGUUUCACCCGCUUAAACAACUUUGCAAAUGAUAGCAAAAAAACCCCAGAAACUUACAAGGUUCCUUUAUGGCUGUUUAUUUUGCUACAAAUUUUGUCAGUUUCUUCAGGUUGAUUGUUAUUUAAGGGCCGAAAACUUCACUAACACAUGCCAACGCGCUAGGUUUCGUGAACAUUGUCAAGAUUUACUGGCCAGGUAGCCGGGCCUUGUGAAGGUUGAGCAAGAAAUGGGAACGAAAGUACUCUCGUCUAAUGGCAUUGUUUAUGAGUUACUGCCCCCAAUAAACACUGGUAAAACAUGAAACCUAUCAAAAACGUGUUUCCUGCAUGUGAAGGUAGAGAAAAGAGACACUCAGUGAACAGAAGUGAAAGCACUUUAAUGUUGGUCGGACAAAAACACGACGAAGAGAAGACUCCGAUCCAGUUAUGUCCGCCAUUUUAAAUUGGUUCGACUUCGUUCCAAAGACACAUCAUUCUACUGGACAUUGUAGCACUAGCUAACUCAAAGAAAAACAGAAACAUUAAAGCUAAUGAUGUUAACCUCAUCUAAAUGGCUAGGAGUACUGACUUUUGUUUCAAAACAACGUACCUAGGUAUGUUUUUGUGCUUCUGAUCGAUCGUACAUUGCUUUCAAUGUUUUGCACGUGGUCCGUCACCCUUUGGAAAAAAGUUUCCCAUGAACCCCCCCCCCCCCUACCCCCCAGAAAUUACUGCCUUUGAACCCCCCCCCCUUCCCCCCCGGAAUUUCCAAUGGUCUUCCGGGGGGGGGGGGGGGGGGGGGGAUUUUUUUUGGAACCCCCUUUUUGUUUUUUUUGGGUUGGGGGGGGGUGUUGACGUUUUUUUUCAGAAAUUUUGCUUUUUUUUUUUAUUGGGUUUGUUUUUUUUUUUAAACCCCCCCCCCCCCUACCCCUCAGAAAUUACUGCCUUUGAACCCCCCCCCCUUCCCCCUCGGAAUUUCCAAUGGUCUUCCGUGGGGUGGGGGGGGGGUAUGGAUAUUUUCUGGAACCGCACUUUUGAUUUUUAUGAGUUGAGAUGGGUUGCUUACGUUAUUCUUCAGAAAUUUGGCCUUAUAUGUUAGAUGGCAUUUGUCUUUGUUUCAAAUAAAAAUUAAAACUGUAAAAAUGUAAGCAGUAACACAGAAACUUUAAAACACAUUAUUGCUUCAGUGAAAACAGGACCAGUUGUUCGGAGGCCAAUUAGUGCUAACCUGGGGUUAAGUUUUAAUCCAGUUUUUCUUUUGAUGUUGUUGUUCAAAAGCAAUUUCUUGGAUAAUUUUUUAUCUCCUUUUUAGUGUAUCUAAUCAUCAAAUUGCAGGCAAAAAUAAUAAUUGAACUACAAUUGCCAGAGCUAAUUUUUUUCAUUAAUGUUUUUUAGGCAAUUGAUACCAAUUGGCGUUGUGGCCGUCAUUCUCUUCAUCGUAUCUACUGUCGCAGUGAGAAUAGCAAAGGUGUUUACUGCUUGCAGUAUGAUGACAACAAAAUAGUUAGUGGUCUUAGAGAUAACACAAUUAAGGUAUGUGCUGCAUCAGUGCAUGUAAUAAGGCUACAAGGCAGUGCCCACUCCAGCUUGACCAUGUGAACCAGUAGCAAAUGCCAUUGUACUGUGAUGUUCGCACCAACACUGCCAAUCAUUGCUCAAACUCUCUACCCUUGGUUCCAUAAUUUUUAACACGGCGUUGAAGUAACUCACUGUGUGUACUGUACCAUAUCCUCCGAUCAGGUUUUUUGUUAGAAGCUGUAGAGGGAAAAAGGAACACCUGAUCUUUACAUAUUUUGCACGAGCUGCCAACCACCCCCCGCUUUUAAAAAAUUAACAUCUGGUUGACCUGUGUUUAAUGCGUGUAAAACAUUUAAUGUGCUACCAAAUAUUUUUGUGCUUGGGGAAAUCAAAACAGUGGCUAUGUUCAAUUAUCAUUUCUUUGAAAAACUAGCACAAUCCUAUUUCUCUGAUGGAGUAAUACAUGUAUCAGCUGGAUUGAGGUAAAUUCAAUAUUUUUUUUCUGCCACACAAACGAGAAAACAAAACUUAAGCCUGAGAGAUGAUCUUAACUAUGCGAAUCAGUUAUGUUUCAUUCAAACACCUGGGAAUCCUGUGGGAUGUCAAACCUAAUCUCCAGCCAAUAAGAACAAAAAUGUUGACCUGUCAGAAAUACUUCCAGUUUCUGGUUGGUUAUCUGGUAAAUAGAUGUACAUGUAUCGUGCCUUCCUUCCCACAAAAGGCAAAAAAGUAGAGAUAUAUGAAGGGAGAGCAUGAUCAUUUGCAGGCUAACUGUACCAUGGAUAACACUUUGAAGUUAUGGUAAAAUGUAUUCUUGUCAUAACAACUUUGUUAACCACAAGAUCCAACAUCAGUUUCAAAGUUCAACGGCAGCACCUUUGCGUAGCAUCAUAGUUUCUUGUCCUUCGGCAAGACUUUUCUGCAUUUGUCCCUGUUAUUUUUAACCAGUAGUUGUCAUAGACAAAUUCAGCUGUCAGUACUAAGUCAAUAAUUUGUUUCUGUUUUCAUUUUAGAUAUGGGACAAAAACACAUUAGAAUGUGUCAAAGUUUUAACUGGCCAUACUGGCUCCGUUCUUUGUCUUCAAUAUGACGAGAAUGUUACUGUCACUGGUUCAAGUGAUUCCACUGUUAGGUAAUGUUUGCAAAAGCAAAAGGUGCUCCAGGGUACUUAAUAAUUUUUUUUGUUAUUUCUAUCAGCAUGGUGCUAAUAAAGUAUCUACAUUGUUUUUAGUGAAAGGUGGUCAUAAAAUUUGGUAACAAGAGAGUAAUAUGCAUUAAAAAAGACAAUGACUCCUGAUUUUACCUUAAAUUCUCCCUUAACUUAACCCAAUUCAAAAGGAGAAUCUAGCAGCUGGUCAGAUAAGUUUAUGGGGCUUUCUUCAUGCACCCCAUCUAUGUUAGUUCUUCUUUUUAACCUUUUACAAGAAUCUACAGAGAAAAGGAGUCAGACUCAGGAUUAACUGUUAAAUGAGUGGACAAUUUCUUCUGCAGGGUAUGGAAUGUUCACACUGGUGAAAUGCUAAACACUUUAAUCCAUCACUGUGAGGCUGUCCUUCAUCUGAGAUUUCAAGAUGGCAUGAUGGUGACAUGUUCGAAGGUAAAUAAUUUUGAUCUAUUUAGGUUUCUGGGAAACUGCCCACCUACCCCUUCCCCUUAGCCAACAUUAUCCCUUACUUCUCACUUAGGGCAAAAUGUUGGCUUAGGGGAGGGGUAGGUGGGCAGUUUCCCUGGAACCUAAAUUGAUCCAAUAAUUUCUUAUAUAGUACGCAGUCAGCACUCUUUAUGAGAAGGACACUGUUGGAUCGUGCAUUGUAGGGCAUGUAUUACAGUCCGGCCAGGUCAAGUGUACUCCCAAAGGUUCCAUUAAUGAAUUUGUUAUUGACUGAAUACAAAGAGGUUAUUGUAAAAAACUCACUGCUCAUUACAGAUGCAGGAAAGCAGAUUUGAAUUUUAUAAUGUCUGCAGCUAACGAAUUCAUCUUUCAAGUAACUGAUUUGUUAAUGGCACCUAUGGGAGUAUGCUUGACAGUCUGGCAUGACUGUAAAGCAGUAUCCAACUUUAUAAUAAAGGUGAGGGACAGGACCAGGGACCAGGGGCCCGUUUCUCAAAAGGCCCGGAAACUUUUCAGGCCCAAAGGCAAAUUUCAAAAUCAAAAUCUGUUGAAUAGUAGCUCAGUUCCUAGCUCACAAACCAGUCAGUUUUGCUUUGUUAACUGAUAAAUUUAUUAUAUCAUUUUCAAAAUUAUUGGAACCUUGAUCUUGAAUGCAAACACAAAAAACACGGAACAGCAUUUUGGGGAUGAAAAGUUAUUGGGGCUUUCAAGAAACAGGCCCCAGGACCAAGAGCAGGAACUGACUCAAUUGUUACUGAUGAGGAGAAAACCAGUUGAGGAAUAUUUGUUGGGAAGCUGUAAAAGGCACAAGUGUAAUAAAUGGACCCAAAUGUUAAUGUCCAAUCUUAACAGUUAUACCCAUUCCCACGCUUUGUGAUUGGUUAAGUUCUUUCAUUUCUGCUUUUGACUCCGACAAUCUGGUUUUCACUAGAUCAUAACCAGAAUCGGAACGCUGUUUUCACUAGAUUAUGAGCUCUACACUUCUGAUUACGACUCCAACUCUGACUCCAACUCCGUCGCUAGUGAAAACCAGCCUUAAUUACUUUUGGCCCAUUGUGGUAGAAGCUUCUAUGAACAAGCAGUUUGGUCUGUGAUUUUCGGCAAUGCAAUUUUUUUACAGCUCGUUUUAGUCUGUUUAGCUGAUUUGGAUAUAGCAGGUUCUCCUCCCACAAAGUCUUAUUAAUUAUGUAAUUAAUGUUAAUGCAUAAUAUUUCCAACAGAAUGAUGGUUUUAAUUAAGUGCCAAGCAAAAGCAAUGAAAAAUAACUGAGCCAAGGAAGAAAUUAGAUCACACUUCUUCCAUUAGUAGUGAAUAAAAAGUUGAAAUGAAUAAUGUUAAAACAGACUACAGCAUUAUGCACAGUUGUUGUAGAGUGCUGUGUGGUAAAGGGCUAAGAAAGUCACCGGUUCAGUUUUUCAGAACUCACUGUCUUUGCUGGUCUUAGAUUCUUCCACAUUUCCUUAGGAAGUAAGUUAGUUGAUAAAAUAACUGGAUAAAAAUCACUCGUGUAGACUUUUGUUGAAAAUAAAAAUGUUUCCUUGGAAUUUUUUUUGUUCAGGAUCGCUCCAUAGCUGUGUGGGAUAUGCAAUCACCAACGGACAUCAACCUCAGGAGAGUGCUAGUUGGACACAGAGCUGCUGUCAAUGUCGUCGACUUUGAUGACAAAUACAUUGUGUCAGCCUCUGGAGAUAGAACAAUUAAGGUACAAUCUACUUAAGUCCAUGUUUCAGACCAGCCCUUCACUGUUUAACACUUUAAAAAAAGCUUGAGACCAGGCUCCAUUUGUUCAAAGGGCAGAUAGUGCUAUGUCCUUGUUCAAAACUAAAAUUAUGAAGGUCAGAGCAGUUAGGCAUCCAUUGGUUUCCAUAGGCAACAUAUUUGAUCCUUCUCGUCGAGUAGAGUAAAUUGAGCAAUUUAUGUUACGUGGAACUUAAUUCAUAUAUGUAGCUAUUUUAUAGGCUUCCCCCCCCUCCCCCCCACGCGUUUGAUUGUUUUUGUCGGAGUGGAAAGGACUCACAAAUGUCCCCUAAAACCCUAAACGCAAGUCAUGCCACUCCCCAUUUUUUUUGCCAAAAAGGCAAAUGGAAACCCUUCAAGCAAGACAAGUCUGCUUUCGCUUGGUGGCCUAAAAAGCUCAGUCUGUUUACUAAGAAACUCCUGAUGUCAACUUGUAGCAAGUUCUACAAGGUGAUCUGACAAAGUGAAAUCUGUAAAAAUGAGAAUUAUUGAAACAACCAUGAUACUACAUUUCAUGUUUGAUUAGAUGUUGUGUGAUCCACACAAUCACUUGGUAAAAACGUUGAGAUGAAGGCUCCUAAGGCUCCUAAAACUUUAGUCAAAUCGUAAGGGAACUAUAAUGAAUUCUGUUUAUCUUUAGGUGUGGAGUACUUCCACCUGUGAGUUUGUCAGAACCCUCAAUGGACACAAACGUGGCAUAGCCUGCUUACAGUACAGGGAUCGACUGGUAGUUAGCGGUUCUUCAGAUAAUACAAUUAGGUAAGACUAAUAUAUAGCAGCUGUGAAUAUUAAAGGAGCUCUGUCACAAAAUUUAUCAAAGUUCAAAUAGUGAGAACUACCAACAUGUACAGGUAACUGUACAAAACAUGAGAAGGAGAUAUAAAUAGUGCAGCAAAUGCCAAUGGAGGCACAGAUGGACAAACGAGAAGGAAAUUGAAUUGGAUUGAAAUUGUGUUUUUUGAAAACUUGUUAGCCCAACAGUUUUUCAAAUUUCAUUUUUUGUUUGUUGUGUUGAUAAAAUGCUUGGAAGACAUUUUUUUGGACUCAAAGCUGUGAGUUUGUCAUUCUCAAGUAAUUUCUCAAGUUCCACGAUUAGGGACGUGUAAUUGGCAUUAUAAAGAAAAUGAAGCAGACAGCCAUGGUACAACCCCUUUAAAAUGGCAAUUUAUUAUGUAUGAAAAAUAAACUUUCCUUACGUACUCACCUGGUUUUUAGAAAAGUCAAAAUAUUUUGUGCUUCUGAAGAGUCAGUUAUGUAGAGUAACUAUUAUUAUGUAGUGGAGAAGUCAUUUUAAAAAAAUGUCUCUCUCUUCUGAAUCCAUGGACAGAAUUCAAUGAUAGUGUCAUCAUUUGAAUGAAACAUUUUCCACUUUCAGUUCUUUUGAAUGGUGCUAUUAAUUUUUUGUUUUAACCAUUUUUGAGUUACAUUUUUUCAGAGGCAUAAUCAAAUUUACUGUUUCUGCUGCUCAUAAAAUUAAUGGAAACAGAAGGAUAUCUUGAUCUUUCUCUACACCUUUUUUUCUGGGUACAAACAGUAAAGCCACUCCCUAAUUGUAAUGAGUGUAUCUUGUGAUAGAUUAUGGGACAUUGAAUGUGGAGCCUGUCUCAGAGUCUUAGAAGGGCAUGAAGAAUUAGUCAGGUAAUAAAUAUUUUUUAGCCAAUUAGGUAACAAGUGGUUUUUGAAUUGUGUGCUUAACUUAGGAUUUCUUUAAUUUCUGUACCUUUAUCUUUCAAAUGGAGACUGUUUUUAUGUAUUGUAUCCUCAGUGUACCAAUAAAACAACAUGGAUGUUAACUAUUAAAGAGGCCAGAAUGCUGGAUGGCAUCCUACAUCAGAAGUUGGGCUGUAAACCACAAGUUAUUUCUCAUAAAUUAACACUCUUCUUUCUCGCUCUCUAAUUUUAUUAUCAAAUCAUUACCAGUAUGUAUACAGUAUGUAUACAGUUAAGGGGGUUAAAUUACCCUCAGUCACAGCAUCUUGGAAACACAUUCUAUGUUUUUCUGUGACAAUUUCUUUCACUGUAUCAAUAUUAUUGUAUGAUGAAAAUAUUUUUUGAAAAUGUUUUUCCUAUACUUUAUUCAAGAAAAUUCUGCCCAGAAAUGUUCAGUUUUCCAGCCAACUACUGUAAUAAUGUAGUGCUUUGUUUUUGUUGAGGGUUGGUUACAGCAUUGUGCUUUGCUUUCCAUUGUCAAUUAAAAGAAUGGAAUGGGAUAUCAAUGCCUGUGAUGGGUACUCUAGUUAGCAGAGUUCUUAUAUGUCACCAUCUUGUUUUGCAGAUGUAUUCGGUUUGACAACAGAAGGAUAGUUAGUGGUGCUUAUGAUGGGUAAGGGAACUGAAAGGAAUUUCUACCAUUUUUUUAAGACCACAGAAAGACUGCAUGUACAGAGUAUUCUUUUUUAGUAGACAUGUAAUUUAUCUCAGUAACAAAGGGGCUGAGUUUAAAAUGUGGUCAGAUUGUUUCAUAAGUAAACUCUGGAAGUAUAUGCAGUCCCAAAACUUUGUGGUAAAGCUUUAAAGAAUUUUUUGCUUGGCAACAUUGUUGUGGAAAUCAUUGUGAGGUACUCUGUGUUUGUAUGUGAUUCUCAAAUCGUGCUUAUGCCACCUUCAAUCUCCUUUUUUUUGGACUUAAACUUAGGAAAAGAUUAGAAGAGUAGAAUUUUAAGAGACUUAGAAUUUUCAUGUAUAAGUGUAGCUAAAAGGGGAAGGUAGUUCUGGAGGAUGGAAUCUAAUGCUGACUGGUCAACAACAUGUUUCCAGAAUUUUCCUAUACCACCUGCAUGCUUGCUGAAUCAGAAUUACCUAAGACUGCCCUGAAAACAUGCUGAAAAAUUAACCACGACCAUGUUGCGUGCCUAGUUUCUUCAGAUCGAGAAGAUUUCAUAUAUUACCAAAAUGAAUACAAUGAAAAAUUGAUACUUCUCUACCCAAGGGAAUUUAGGGUGCCUCCUCGGGAUCCGGCCUCUAGGCUGGAACCCUGGGGGGGCAAUAACCUUGGAAAUCUCUUCACAAAAUACUUUCACAGUCAUAACUUGUAUGCAACAGAAAAAUAACUUCUAUUAAUAACCUAGUAUGUGAUAUUGAUCAGAUGUUUACCAAAUUACAAAAACAAAACUUUAACUUGUAAAUUCCUUUCGACUUCUCAAAAAUGUUGGUGAUACUUGGUGGACAAUGCCAUUUGCUACAAUUGGGACUGGUUUAAAGCUUGAUUCAGUUUCAUCUGACUGUUAAACUGUUGGCGUGUCCUCCUAUUUAAGCAGUAGAAAACAUUUUCCAUGUUUGUUAUGUAAACCCUGCGAUGAAGUCGAGGGUUCGGAUUACUGUCAAGAAUUCUCCCAACCCCUCAAGUGUUUAUAUCAGGCUAUGCAAAUACAGGAAAAAAGUUUUCAAUUGCUUUUAUAAAUCAACUUCCCUGAGAAAAAAUGCAACUCUUUGUUGUGGCACUGAUUAAAAGAGAAAUUCUUAACAGUCGCGAAGUCUUGCACGCGUAAUCAGCUCUUGUUUUACAAAUAAGAUGAUUUCCAAAAUACGGAUUUUUCUUGCUUAAAGUAUCAGCUUAGGCAAAAAGACAGUGACACUGCAUGUUUGUUUCAAGUGUUAACUGAUGAGGGAAUGGGUGAAUAAAAUAAACUUGUCGGGUUUUGAACUCAAAAACUUUUUCAAAUUCGUGCUUGUGUGAUUAACAUGCAAAAAGCAAAACAUCUUGAUGUCACAACCAUGUUUACAUACUCUCAUGCAAACACACCUCUUGGCCAAUCAGAGCAUGCAUACUAUCUUAGUUAUAAAUGUUUUAUAAAUGUCUCUAUAAGACAUCUGCAGUGUCCACACUUCCCUUGGUGGUGUGUAGUAAAAAUUUAUACUGUCAUAAAAAGGAGUAAAAUAGAAAGCAUUAUGCACACUUGUAGCACAUGCUGAUGUUUGAUUGUUUACAGAAUAUUAUUAAAAUAAUAUUAUAAGUAAUAACAAAUAUUAUUGUUUAAUUUCAUAAAAGGAAAAUCAAAGUGUGGGACCUUCAAGCUGCUCUAGAUCCAAGAGCCCCGGCAGGAACAUUGUGUUUGAGAACACUUGUGGUAUGUGGUAUUAUAUUCAAUGGUUUAGAAUCACAUUUUACCUCAAACAUCAGGUCCAAGUUGACACUUUCUCAAAUUAGAAGCAUUCACUAAACUUGUUUUUAAGAAAAUAUCCCUACUACUCCCAUGGAGGGGUUUUUGUCUGGAGCUACUGCUCCCACCCCUCUGGAAAUUCUAUUUUAACUUCAGACUUUCCUUGAAAAAUUUUAGCCUUUAAGACCCCCUCACCGAUAAGCCUUGGAAUUCCUAAUGACUAUUUGUAGGGUGGAUUUGAAUUUUUAAAUACCAAUAUCACACAUCCCAAAUUUAUGAACCACUGUGGAAACUAAAACUGGAAAUCUCAAGACAAAAAAAAGAUCAUGAAAUGGCUUGUACUACAAAACCAAAAAUUUAAAUGCUGUCUUUAGCGGGUUUGAGUCACAGGGCCUGCAGAGAGCAGUUUUUAAAGUGCAGGGGCCGGUGACCACCUCUUUUGAAGUGGGUGGGGGGGCUAAAUUUGGCUGUUCUCUCUUUGUGGCUGUUUGGAACUGUCAGAUUACUGAACUUUUCUUGAGUCAUUGUUGAGCGGAGUCAAGCUACUGAAACCGUAGUUCUUGUUGACUAGUCUUCAGAUUUAAUCGAGAACCUCCAUCAAAAAAGACUCCAUUCCCAUACAUAGCCUUGCUGGUUUGAAAAUGCAGAAGUCUAGGACUAAGUGCAGUUUUGUAAAGAUUGAAGCUUACUACGCAUCAGAUCUAGGAUUGAAAAAGACCAAUAAAUUAAUAAAUAUUGAUGCUGGAAGAUUAUUAUACCUACAAAGAUACUAUUUAUAUGAAAAUGUAUAUUACAGUGGCACCUCUUUAAAACGAAGUCCUCGGUCUAACAAACUUUUUUUGACUCCAGCAAUAAUAAAAUAUAAGACAAUAUGAAAAAGAACCUUGAUAUAAGUUAACAAACCUUGUUAUAACAAACAUAUUUUGCCAGUCCCUUUGUCCUUCGUUAUAUUGAGGUUCCACUGUACUUAAUUUUAUUUAUUUAUUUUUCAAAAAGUGAGGGGUGGGGGAGCCCGGGCCCCCUCAGCCCCUCCCCCUGUGUGGGCCCUAAGUCACCAAGAAUGUAAGUACUUCAUCCAAGCCAUAAUAGUUAAUGGUGUUGAUACACUAGGUUUGGAAGACGUGGCAGAUGAUCUGUCCUGUCUUUUUCUACUCCUAACAAACCUGUCAUGUGUCACUAAACAAUUAUUGAUAGUUUUGUUUCGAUUAUUUAACAGGAACAUCAAGGCAGAGUUUUCAGACUGCAGUUUGAUGAUUUUCAGAUAGUCAGUAGUUCUCAUGACGACACUAUUCUAAUGUGGGAUUUCCUCAAUUCCGACACAAAUCCAAAGAGCCAGCAACACACCACCCUGCCCUAG